AUGAAUGUAUCAAUUUCCAGAGAAUGUGCAUGCGAGAAAUGCAAUCUAAUAGCUGAACGUCAACGAGUGAUGGCCGCACAGGUGGCACUGAAACGGAAACAAGCAACUGAAGACGCAAUUGCACUAGGAUUACGAGUGGUUGCCGGCCAGGUUAUCGAGCGUCUUCCCCAAGGUCCUCUGUGGAAUGCUAGCACUGACGAUGAUCAAGACAUCGAUGAUCACGGUAAGUUUGGAAAGCGCUAUCGUUCCUGGGCGCAAGUCUAUGGCGAUCUUAUGGGCGGAGGACGUCCACCAGACUGUCUUCCUCAUAGGUUGGGAAGAGAGUUUUUGCCCCAAAGAUGGAGAUGA